AUGCCACCAACUGGAACACUCAACUUGCCGUUAUACCCGAUCACAUCGGUGGCAGCGGUUGGAACGAAUGCAGACGAUGAGAAAAUUUGGACUCAAAUUCUCUCAGAAGUGAGUGCAAAAGGUACGAACAACGCUCCACAAGGUUCAGUCCUUUUUCUUGGUGAUCGUCAUAGUGGUAAAAGUUGGUUGCUGAGUCGACUUGAGAAGCGUGAAGUCUCUGCGAAAGGCUCUGCAUUGGAAUAUCACUUUUUGAACGUUCAUGCUGACUUCCGAGAUGCUAGUUAUGCGUAUCAGUUGAGCACUGCAGGUGCAGGCGUUGCACCCGGUGAGACAGUAACGUUGCCGGUGUGGAUGCUGGAUGGAGAUGAGUCAUUUGCGCCAUUGGUAAAAUUCGCAUUAACCCAGUCCUUAAGUCGGACUGUUGUGGUUCUGUGCGCAUCACUCACUCAACCGGGUGCCAUUCUAUCGUCAUUGAGCAAAUGGUCGAAACUGAUCGAUGCUCAGAUUCAGUCCAUGUUCGAUAAGCAAACAAUAUCGGAAGCACGGAAAGCACAAGAACUGUUUUGGCAAGAGUAUGUUGAACCGUUGGAUAGUUCAAUGCACAGCGAUAAAAUACCAUCAAUGGAAACAGAACAAGUGUUACUACCACUCGAUCAGAACAUUUUGAUACGAAACAGUGGUGUCGCCUUUGUGGUCGUAUUAACCAAAUGUGAUUUGGCUCAUUCGGAAUUGAACGACGAACAACUGGAUCGUGUACAGUUUCAUAUCAGGAAAUUCUGUAUGCAGCACGGAGCUGCACUCGUGUACACAUCGGCAAAAGAGGAGAAGAAUACUGCAUUAUUAUACAAAUACAUUGUACAUCGGGUGUGCGGAGUACCGUUCACAACACCAGCGCAUGUGGUAGAAAAAGAUGCAAUAUUUGUGCCAGCCGGAUGGGAUAAUGAGAAAAAAUUGGAUAUUAUUAGAGAGACUAUCAAUGAUGCUGACCAACCAUUGGAGAUGCCUCGUGAACGUCAACAAGUUAAAGAGCACAUGGUGGAAGCAGAAGAAGAGCAAUCAUUUCUCCAGAAAUUAGCAAAUGUUGAGCAGGCAGCACCCAAAAAGACUCCUCAACAGAAACCACCAAGCGACGGUGCCGAUGGGAAUUCACCACUGGUUUCAUUCUUCAACAAUUUGUUGAAAACCAAAGAGGGACAGACGGCUCAAACAACAAGACCUGUGGCUGAUCCUCAAGCACAGUUACAACGAAUGCUUGAGCAAGUGAACAGUGCCGCAACUGCAAAUCAAUCACCUUCACACGAAAGUCAGUCAUAA